AUGGACCCGGCUUUUUACCGCGGCGACCAGUCAGAUGAUGGUGGCGCUACCCCAGUGCAGGAUGAACGGGACUCAGGGUCAGACGUUGAGGAGGAUGUAAAUGAGCAGCACUCUGGAUCAGACACGGGAAGUGUAGACCGACACUCAGAGAAUGAACCUAGUGAUCGAGAAGAUGGCCUCAACAAAACACAUCUUGUGACAGACUCUGAGAAUGAAGACCCCUCAAACCUCAAUGCUAGUGAUUCGGAAAGCGAGGAGCUUCAGAGGCAGAAGGACAGCGACUCGGAAUCUGAGGAGCAUGCAGAGCCUCCUGCAAGCGAUUCUGAAAAUGAGCGUGUCACUCGCCCUGGGAGCGACUCUGAGAGCGAGGAGACCAAGAAAGCACCUGCUAGUGACUCUGAAAACGAGGAGCUUCUUAAUGGGCGUGCAAGUGACUCAGAAAACGAAGAUGGUAGGAAGCCUCCUGCCAGCGAUUCGGAGGUUGAGGAGCUCCCCAAGAGUCCGGCUAGUGACUCCGAGACAGAGGACGCGCUAAAGCCCGCCAUCAGCGGCUCUGAGAGCGAGGAGCCGCCCACGCACCCAGCCAGUGACUCGGAAAGCGAGGAGCUUCCCAAGCCUCAAGUCAGUGACUCGGAAAGCGAGGAGCCUCAGAGGACUCAGGCCAGUGACUCCGAAAAUGAGGAGCUCCCCAAGCCCCGUGUCAGUGACUCAGAAAGUGAGGGUCCCCCAAGGCAUCAAGCCAGCGACUCCGAAAAUGAGGGGCAUCCCAAACGCCAAAUUAGUGACUCUGAGAGUGAGGACCCGCCACGGACCCAGGCCAGUGACUCUGAAAACGAAGAGCUUCCCAAACCCCGCGUCAGUGACUCUGAGAGCGAGGAGCCGCCGAAGGGGCCUGCCAGUGAUUCCGACACGGAGGAGGCCUCCCGGCACCAGCAGAAGCCAGAGUCAGAUGAGGACAGCGAUGGGGAGCCUAAGGGGGAGGAUACAGAAAUGCAGAAUAGCGCCUUCCAUUUAGAUGGCCACGGAGACAGGAAAACGUUUCACAGUUCUGACAGCGAGGAGGAAGAGCCCAAAAGGCCAAAAAUUGACAGUGAUGAAGAUGAAGAAAAAGGGGGGGAAGAGGAGAAAGCAGCAAAGCGAAAAGCUGCUGUACUCUCUGACAGUGAAGAAGAGAAAGCAUCAGCAAAGAAGAGCCGUGUUGUCUCUGAUGCUGAGGACUCUGACAGUGAUGUCAUAUCAGACAAAUCGGGCAAAAGAGAGAAGACGAUAGCCUCUGACAGUGAAGAAGAAGCUGGGAAAGAAGUAUCUGAUAAGAAAAGUGAAGAGAAGGAUCUGUUUGGGAGUGAUAGUGAGUCGGGGAAUGAAGAAGAAAAUCUUAUAGCAGACAUAUUUGGAGAAUCUGGUGAUGAAGAGGAAGAAGAAUUUACAGGUUUUAACCAAGAAGAUUUGGAAGAAGAAAAAAGUGAGACACUGGUAAAAGAAGCUGAAGAUUCAGAUUCUGAUGAUAACAUAAAGAGAGGAAAACAUAUGGACUUUCUGUCGGAUUUUGAGAUGAUGCUGCAGCGGAAAAAGAGCAUGAGCGGUAAGCGCAGACGUAACCGUGACGGCGGUACUUUUAUUAGUGAUGCAGACGAUGUGGUGAGCGCCAUGAUUGUCAAGAUGAAUGAAGCUGCUGAGGAAGACAGACAGCUGAACAAUCAAAAAAAGCCAGCACUGAAAAAAUUAACAUUAUUACCUACUGUGGUUAUGCACCUUAAAAAGCAGGACCUUAAAGAAACAUUCAUUGACAGUGGUGUGAUGUCUGCCAUCAAAGAGUGGCUCUCGCCUCUCCCCGAUAGGAGCUUGCCAGCACUAAAGAUCCGAGAGGAGCUGCUGAAGAUUCUGCAAGAGCUGCCCAGUGUGAGCCAAGAGACCCUGAAGCACAGUGGGAUCGGACGGGCAGUGAUGUAUCUCUACAAACAUCCCAAGGAGUCGCGGUCCAACAAGGACAUGGCAGGGAAACUCAUCAAUGAAUGGUCUCGGCCUAUAUUUGGUCUUACCUCAAAUUACAAAGGAAUGACGAGAGAAGAGAGGGAGCAGAGAGACCUAGAGCAAAUGCCUCAGCGACGAAGAAUGAACAGCACUGGUGGUCAGACACCCCGAAGAGACUUGGAAAAGGUGCUGACAGGAGAGGAGAAGGCCCUCAGACCUGGAGAUCCUGGAUUCUGUGCCCGCGCGAGGGUGCCAAUGCCCUCAAACAAGGACUAUGUUGUCAGGCCCAAGUGGAAUGUGGAAAUGGAGUCGUCCCGGUUUCAGGGGACCUCCAAGAAGGGUAUCAGUCGACUGGAUAAACAGAUGAGGAAGUUCACGGACAUCAGGAAAAAAAGCCGAUCUGCACACGCCGUGAAAAUCAGCAUCGAGGGCAACAAGAUGCCUUUGUGA